AUUCAAUAAUUGUGUGUUGCUCCAUCAACACCGCUUGCUCGGAUAGUUUGUGUGUGUAGUGUUUUGUAUAUACAAGAAAAAGCCUAAAAUAAAUGAAAAUCUUCAAGUUUCAACUCGAAUCGAAUGUGAAGAAAUUAAAGUGAAAAUUAAAGAGUGCUUUUUGUUUUUCUAUUUUCUAUGUGCUAAAAACAAACAUAAUUGCAUAAAAUCUAAAAAUAUAAUUUUUGAAAGACUGAAUUGCAACCGAAAACGUACACACGAAAAAUACUUCGCCAACUUUUUCAAAAAAGAAGCAAGCAAGCGUUUAUUAAAGGAAUUUGGCAAAAGGAGAAAUAUAAGAUGAAGUGAACACCAAAAACAAAACUUCGACUAAAUCGCACUUGACGCAUUUUGCUAGAGGAAGCUAAUUUGUUUGAUUUAGUUUUUUGUUUUUUAAGCAAUUUUAUUUGUUUUCGUUUUUUGUUGUUUCUUGUUUUAAACAAAAUUUUUUAAAGAAGUAUUUAUACAAUCUACGAACUCGAAUACCCACACGCACGUAAAUUUAUUCAACAAAAAGCGCAACAGCAGCAGAAUUCUGAAGGUGAUGAUGCCAAAGUUUGAAUUCAUCUUAUCAGCGAUGCUGAUGAUGACAUUAACGCUGCUGCUCGUUUGUUUGGGUUUCAUAAGCGCUGAGCGCGAUUUUAAUUUUAAUGAUUCACAGGUGCCACUAUUAGAACCAAAGGAUGAACCCAUUCAAACACAUUACAAUCAGGAUCCGUAUGCCGCAGAAAUAUCUGCGCGCUGCCAUUACACCGAUACUGAAAUUAUGCUCUCAUUAGUAUUAAAGAAUCAUGAUUGGCAUGAUUUGAGUGACAAUAAAAAGGCAAAAGUACUUGAUAAGCUCUCGAAGUUCUUUGCCAUACCAAAGGAUUUUAUUACUGUGGAAUCUGUUACGAAACGAGACUUAUACGAAAUGGAAAAAGAUUUUAUACGAAAGGGGAACAAUAAGUGCCAUAAUAAGAGACAUUUAGGACGUGUUAAUUUAAUGCUUGGUUGUGGAAAUAAUUACUUUUCAAUGGCCGAACCAAUAGUAAAUCAAAUAGGUGCACAAAUGAAAGAUGGUUCUAUUGACAAUAUAACUGGCGAGAAAUUUGGUUGGUGGAUUAUUUGGCGUAAACACUAUAAAACUAGUGCACAACGUGUAAGAAGACAAAUUGAGGGUUCAGGUACGGAUGAUUACGAAGGCGAUGAUUAUGAGUAUGGCGAUGAUGGGGAAGAUAAUGUUGAAGCUGAAACGGAAAUUCCAGCUGUCACCACACAUGCGCAUCGUCACCAUCACGGAGUUGGCGAGAAUGAAUUAACUGAAAAUAAGCUUGACACAUCUAACAAUCACAAUUUGGUUAAUAACGAUGCUAAGCCUGAUGAGGGUACGUCUAAUCUGUUGUUACUCAAUAAGAAUGGUAAUAUUGAUGAAGAAAUAGUAGAAAGUGUCUCACAAUUGGAAUCCGUUAUAACAAAAACUAUAGAAAAUACAAAGAAUAUCAAAGAACUACCAGAAGUCGUUGAAGAGGAAGUUUCGGAAGUGGAGGAUGAUGAUGCACCUACAAAUGAAUUAGAAAAAGUUUUAAUUAGACCAAAUGAAAUAGAUGAAUUAAAUAAUGAAAUAGUAGAAAAAAACAUAGCGGAUAAAGUUAAAGAGGAACAUAUUAAUUUGAAUGAAGUACAUGAAAUUACAUCACAUAUUACAGAAAAUCCUACCAUUAGUUCAACCACACCGGUUACUUUUGACAAUGAGCUAUCAACUCUUAUGCUCAAAACUAGUACAACACCUUUUCGUAUAAAUGAAUUAAGUGAAUUGACAACUGGAGUUCCAAUUGAAAAUAGAAAUAAUAUAGAUAAUAUACCAGUUCCUGUGUCUGAAAUUAUUGAUUCAAAUAUGCCGAUUUUCUCAACAACUACGACGGUAACUGUAGAUUUUGAAAACAUAUUGAACACAAACACAAAAACAACUACACCCAAUUCACAUGAAUCAAGCACAUUUAUAGCAAUUGCAAAUAGUCAUACACCGCUUUCAUCAAAUUCACCAUCAUCACCAUUAUUCUCAUCAUCAUCAACAUCUAACUUACCACAGUCACCAGCACUAUCACCAAAUUUACCAUCACUAAAUAAUAAUUCAACAUCUGAAACUGCUCCUUCAUCUUCUUAUUCUUCUGCAUCUGCAUCUGCUUCCGCUUCUACUUCUUCGUCGCAGUUUUCAACAACAACGGUGAUCCCUACAGAUACAACGUUAAGAACAAACCCAACCAAUUCUCCAGCAAUAACAACAACACUAUCAACGAAGAAUGAAUUAGAAGCUACUUCCUUGUCACCCAAUCCGGAAGAAGUGAACGCCAGCCAUGCAGUGAGUUCAUCUACACCCAAAACAGUUGAUAUUAAUGAAUCUGGCACAUCAUCUUCAUCACCGUCGUCGUCGUCGUCUAGUACACAAUUGGGCACCACUCCUACAUCUGCAAUGACUGACACAACAUCUCCUGCAACAUCAUCCACAGAAUAUAUCGAACCUAAAGUGGAAAAUUCACCACCUAUGAUUAGAACACGUUUGCCGAAGUAUGCUGUGACUUCAGGAAAAUCUUUCGUUUUUACAAUUUCUGACGAUACAUUCUACGAUAGUGAAGAUUUUACCAAUUUACGUUUAGAACUUACAGACAAAGAUGGUCAUGAGUUGAGACCUUCAUCUUGGCUACAAUUCAAUGCUGAAACGCGAGAACUUUAUGGAUUACCUCUCGAAGACGCAGUAUCUAAAUAUCAAUAUCGUUUAUCUGCAACAGAUUCGGGCAAUGAAUCAGUUACUGAAAUGGUUGAAAUGUCCGUGCAACAACAUCGUGGAGUACGCAGCGUAAAUCACGAAAUUAAUAUUGCUCUUAAUAUUAAUGUAGAAAAUGCAAACAGUGUGGAUUGGAAAAUAAAGUUAAUCAAAUCUAUUGCUACUACACUGGAUGAUAGCUCAACAAAUUCCAUUGUAGUGCGAGAAAUACGUCAAACACCUACGGAUCCUCAUACUGCAACAUUUGUCUAUUUUAAUGAAACUUUACCAACAAAUGAAUGUCCUGAGACUGAGUUUAACAAUUUGAUAAAACGUUUGGAUGCUACUCGAUUAAACGAUUUAGUUUAUCCUAAACUAAGUGUAAAAUCUAUAACUGGACAAUUAAUUGGAGCUUGUGAAAAGCAACAAAUUUCGAAAAAUAAACCAGUAACACAUAUAACUAAAAACUCACCACCUAUGCCACGUAACCAAGUAGAUCGUGUAAAUGCUACAGUUGGACAUUUACUUGUAUAUAAAGUUCCAAGUGAUACCUUCUACGAUCCAAAUGAUAAUGAGCUAACACUUACGUUAAGAACAAAAGAUAAUAAAGAGUUAGGUGCAAGACAUUGGUUGCAGUUUGAUUCAAAAAAUCAAGAAUUUUAUGGUAUUCCUAAAAGUGGCGACAUUGGUUCUGAAGAGUAUUUAUUAGUAGCUGAAGAUAGUGGUGGCUUGAGUGCUACAGACGCGCUAGUUGUAGUUGUUAGCCAUGCAAUAAAAAAAGAAUUUACUGUGUAUUUUAAAGCACAUUUAGCUAUACGCCAUGAACAGUUUAAUGCUGAUUUACAGCGUAAAUUUGUUGAACGAAUUUCGCAGUUAUUCGGUGACCAUACUACACAGAAUAUACAAAUUCGAUCUGUAACAACUCAACAUGUUUCUGACAGUACAAUUGUAAACUUUUAUAAUACAAGUUUAUAUAAAUCGCAUAAUCGCUGCUCAGAAGAAGAUAUCGAAGCAGCACGUAAUGUCUACUUAGUGCAAGAACAUGUAGUUCACAAUCGUGUAAAGAAGGUGUUUGGUCCAGAAUUGAAUUUAACAGAUAUGCAAGUUAAUAACAUGGUUUCAUGUCAUCCAGACCUUGAAAUACCACAUCGUGAAUUCAUACCUACAAAGACUGAGGAACCAAGUCUUAAAUCAUCAUUUGCUGACCAUUACAUGUACUCAGUCAUUCUACCAGCUGUUAUAAUCAUUUCUAUGAUUUUGAUUGCCGCACUUGUAGCGUUGUGUCUUCACCGACGACGUCACAAAAGUGGUAAAAUGGAACUAGGUGAUGAAGAAGAACGAAAAUCGUUUAAAACUAGGGGCAUACCAGUUAUAUUUCAAGAUGAAUUAGAUGAAAAACCAGAAAUUGGCAACAAAAGUCCUAUUAUUUUAAAAGAUGAAAAGCCACCAUUGUUACCGCCAUCAUAUAACACAUCAAACAUGAAUGGAGAUAAUGAUGUUGACGAAUACGUACCACCGCCAGCUGUUGUUGUAGGUGGCCGGGAGGCCCGAGGGAAAUCACCAGCCACACCAUCAUACAGAAAACCCCCACCAUAUGUUUCGCCAUAAAAAGUGUCAAAAUAUUAUUAUAAAUGGAAAACAACUUUAAUCAACUUUACUUAACUGAAGCAAAUAUUUAAACUCACUUUAUUUCACUACUUAAACAAAUUUUGUAUGAGAGAAAAUUAAAUAUAUUAAAGUUACAAAUAACAAUUCUAAAUUAUCGACAAAACAAUAUUAAAAGUAAAAAAUGGUAUCUCAAUGCCAAAUAUAUAUAUACAUAUAACUAUAAGGAAAUGAAAUUUUCCCCACGCAUCUCUAAAAACAAAAUAAAUCUAAUGUAAUUUAAUAACAAUCAUAGUUUUCGCAACUAAAAAACCAACGGAAAGGUAAUUCAUGGGAAGCCUAAAUUAGUGUUUAAAGUGAAAUAAGAAGAAAGUCUUGUUUUUUAUUUAUUUUUGUGAAGUUAAUCAAUUGUUUUAUGUAUUAAUUUGCAAAACAAAGAAGUAUAAUUUUUAUUAAAAUUUCUUUUAUGCAUAUUUAUUGUAAUUAAGCUUAAUUAAGAAAAGAGAGUUAAACUAAUAAAAUAUACGUCUUGUAAGCUAAGCAGCUUUAAAAAUGAAAAUAAAUCAGUCCCCUCCCAAUUUUAGUAGUAAGAAUUAAAAUUUAUACACAUAUAUUUUUAUUAUUAUGAUUAUGAUUAAUAUUAUUAUUAUUACU